AUGGCGUCCCUCGACGUGGAGUCCCUGUUUACCAACGUCCCCAUCGACAAGCAACCUCCAAACAUCCCGGAAGAAUCGCUUAAGACACUCCUAGACAUCUGUACGAAGAGAGCCCCCUUCACCUCCCACGGAGGACAGAUGUUUCGUCAGAAAGACGGCGUGGCAAUGGGGUCCCCCUUGGGCGUCCUCUUUGCCAACUUUUACAUGGAUACCAUUGAAGAGCGGGUUUUUUCGCAGCACCGAUGUCCCUGGACGUAUGCCAGAUACAUCGAUGACAUAUUUGUUCAAGCUGACUCCGAGGAAGAGGUUGAAGCCCUUCGCCAGCAGUUCCUGCGCAACAGCACCCUUAAUUUCACAAUUAAAUUUAGCAGCGAAGAUCGGCUCCCGUUCCUCGACGUCCUAAUUACGAUGACAACCCCGAAGAUGACCACCACCGUCUACACCAAAUCUACUAACUUGGGACUUUGCUUAAAUGGAGAGAGUGAGUGUCCUGCGAGGUUCAAGACCACCACCGUCAGGGCCUUCGUGAGGAGGGCCUUAACGCACUGUUCAGCGUGGCAGGACACCCACUUAGAACUGGACCGAGCCUCACAAAUGAUGAUUAACAACGGUUACUCCAUCAAGCUGAUCAACAGGGAGAUCAGAACAGCCUUAAACAAAUGGUACAUGGAGGACGGAGAGAAUAAAGAGAAUCCCCCCUCCGAGGAUAUACAAGAGCCUGAAGACAUUGCUAACCGGACAUUAGUGGUGACAGGUCUGGAUGAGUAUGUGUACAAUCACAGCUCAAAGGAGCUAAAAGAAGAAAUUGAAAGGUGUAACAACUACUGCAAAGUAAUAGAAGUGAUAAAGAAAAGACUUACAAAAUAUGCUCCAACUGUAGCAGCCAGGAGCACAGGUAUACAGACUGUCACUGUGCCAUACCAAAGUGCAUCAAUUGUAAUGGCAGCCAUCCAACAAUGGCAAUGA